GUCCGCCCACUCUUUCCACAGUCUGGGUCCACCCCCAAAUUCAAAUUAGGAGAGAAAGAGGAGCAGCUGGAGUAGAUAAGACAGGACGGACAGGUCUACUAUCUUAACGAGUGUUACUCACAGUCAAUAAAACAUCUUUCAGCAAUGGAUGGGUUUGGUCGGGCUGUGGUUGGGGUUUGGCGAGCACACACAGCCCUAGAUGAGUCUGAUGGACCAGAGAGUUCCCCAGAGGCCCCUGAUCAUUUUCGCAAGCUUCGCUCCUCAUCUUCGCUUAACUCUCUGCAAACGUCUUUACGGAAGCGACUGCCUCUGAGGUCUGUUCAAGCAAACUCCCUCCCAGAGAAUCCAACUUCAGAAGCCCCAAAGGGGCAACCGAAGACCAACGCAGUCCGCAAACUUACACGCGGUGCUCGGAACUCCAUCAAUGACGUGUGCCAGAGGUUUCAAAGGAACAGGGAGUUCUCUCGUGAGGAGUGUUUGGUGGCCACCCCAGGUCGGGAUGGGGAAAAUUCAGGAGUGACAGCUUCUGUCACUCCCAGGCAAACAUCUGGUCGAGCUGCUACACCCAGACGCACCCCCAGGUCUGCUGUCACACCCGGGCACACACCGGGCUUUAGAGGACACAAGACACCUGAAGCAUCUGUACAUGGGGUUAAAAGCAGGGGAGGCAGGAGACAGCUUGUCCGAAUGGCUGCUUUACGAAGUCCCUUUGCUUCUCCCAACACGCAGAGCCAGAGGCUAAAAUUUGACCAAGACUUGGACUCAGUUGCCAGUGGCAUCAGGAGGCUCAAAUAUCUGUCCAAGGCUUUUGAUCACCUCAUUGGCAAAGAUGACAACAGACCCAGUCUAAAGAAACGCUCUGCAGGGGCGGUGAUGAGGAAGUUGGACCCCAGCGGUAAACUCUGUCGCUCUAACCUCUCGCGUCGAGCGUCACGCCUCUCAAACACACUGGGGGGGUGGGUCAACACGGCUGCGAGUACUGUUUGCAAACCCAACUGAACUACAUUUAUGUGUGACUGUGAAAGUUGUCUUUUUACAUGUAUUAUUGUGGCGUCACUGUUCUGUUACAUUUACAUGUAGAUUUGUUAUGAUACUGGGAGACUUUUCUAUACCUAGCUGCCUUUUUUCUGUUUUAUAUUAAUUUGUGUGAAUUUUCAGUGUUUACAUGUUUCAAGUUGGCUAGAUAUGAGUUAAAAGUCCUCAUUUUUAGCUGACACAGGACCUUGAGAGAUGUUGUCUGACAAAAUGUCUCAUUUUUCCUUUUUUUUUUUUUUUUGACGUAGUUGCAUUUCAUAAAACUUGUUUUUAAAAUAAACCAAAUCUAGUUAAAGCACUAACACUAAAUGUACUGACACUGGACAGCAAAUCUGUCCCAUAUAUGUAUGCAAUUAUCCUAACAUUUUGGUGCCUUUUUUAUAAAAUGUGUUUAAACCAAGCAUAUAGUGUUAUUUUUAUAUAAAGAUUAAGCAGUGGUUAAUUGGGAGCUUUUUUCUCCAUCGGUUGGUAAUGUGAGUGGUUUAUGUGCUAAUACAGUACACAUAAAUCAUCCGUUAAUGUGAUGGGGGAGAAGUUAAAGGCUCAUUACCAGACGAUGGCAGUGAGGAUUAUGUCAUGAAGAGAAAUCCAGUGAGUCGUUUGCAUAGUGACUGCCUCAAAUGAAGCAAAACAUUUCCCCCAUCUUAUUUUUUCUGUGUGAAUGGAAGAGGAGAAAAGCUGUCUAAAUGUGAAUGUGUCCAAACAAUAAAAUCUGUACAAAUUCAGAAACAAGUCUUCACCCUAUGAGUUUGACAUCACGUUGAUGGGUUGUAAAUUUUUACAUGUAUUGUUUUUAUUAAAAGUAGCUAAACAUUACAUGGUGAGUGUUACUCUUCUGCCGCACAGUAACCCAAAAACAAGAUCGCUACAUAUAUUUAGGUUAUAAGUAAUAUUUUAAAAUGACCUGUAAUUUCAGUGCAUGUAAGAAUUGUUACUUUGACUUCUUGAUUAAACAUUUGCAAUAAUUUUA